AUGGAAAAGAAUAAUAUUUUUCCGAUAGACAAAAGUUAUUUGCACUUCAGCUUGAAGUGUUUGAGCUUUCUCGGCGUAUGGAACCCCUACAAAAAGGGACUCAAGUACUGGAUUUAUCAAGCUUAUUGGGCAUAUGUAGUCAAUGUAAUAAUGGCUAUGAGACUGAUGAACACAAUCGUGCUACUGAUAAAUGCCGAGAAUUCACUACAAUUCCUUCAACAAUUUUCGUUGUUCUGUGUGAUAACCGCUAAUAUCAUCAUAUAUAUUGCCUUCUUAUCUCAUCGAGUCGAAGUGUGGAAAUUGGCUGGAUCAUUCAAUUGGGAAAGAUACUUACCUGGCACUGAAGAAAUUACACACUAUCGAAACAGAGUGCUCGCAAACGGAUUGAGAACGUCCAAAACAUUCACCAUGUCCAUUGGCUUCGCUGUAAUCCCAUACUUCAUAUUUUCAUACUACGCUAUUUUCUGUGAAGCUGAUUAUGAAGUGGGAAUAAUUUUCAACUCUUGGAUUCUAGUUGCACCGAUGAAAUAUUCCUUAAUACUUACGAAUUUCUGGGUAGCUUUUGUUAUAGACUACAUAUAUUUCGUUGUUCUUGGCCUAAUUGCCGUUAUUCACAAUGCUUUCAUUAUGUCCGUCAUGAUAAAUGUCAAGGGCCAAUUUAAGAUACUGAAUUUUCGGUUGGAACGAUGUCACAUGACAACGUGUAAAAUUCGUGAUGAUGCCGAAAAUAAUGAGGAUUCAGAUGUCGUUCAUUUUGAAUAUGUUGAAAGGAAAAUCAGUGAUGAAUCAUUAUCUCUGAAUCCAAAUGAACAGCUUAUUAAUUGUAUCAAACUCCAUCAACAAAUUUUAAGGAUUUCUCAGCUAUUCAAAAACAUUUAUGACAAUGUUCUUCUACCCCAGUUACUCAUCAGUUUGCUACUCAUCACCGUCCCCCUAUUACAGAUGGUUUUGGGCAAGGACGGUGAUCACACUGAUUCCGUAGUUGCAGUAGAAUUCUUGAUUCCAGUCAUACUUCAAUUACUAACAUUGUGCUGGGGUGGUAAUCUCUCUCUUAUUGAGAGUGACAAAUCGAGCAAUUCACUUUAUGAAGCACAUUGUUACGAGAGAGACAAAGAAUUUCGGGACAAUGCGAAAAUAUUUCUCGGCGCUGUAAAGAAUUCACUGAUAAUCAGCGCUGGUGGUCUCUAUGAUUUGUCAGCUGUUACUUUCAAAAAUCUGCUCAGCAAAGCUUACUCAGGAGUGGCAGUUCUAAAAAAUUUGAAUGAAUGA